AUGGCGGUGGGGAAAUCCCGGCUUGGGGCUAUCGAGCUCGAGAACGAUGACAGUGAAGUGGGCGAUCGAGCUCGAGCAUGGCGACGACGGAGCGGGCGAACGACGACGACAGAGCAGGUAAUUGAGCUUGAGAACGAUGACGGUGGAGCAGGCGAUCAAGCUCAAGAACGGCGAAAAUCGAGCUCGAGAACGGCAAUGGCGGAGCGGGCGAUCAAGCUCGAGAACGGAUGUGGGGAAUUUGUUCCCCUCUUGUUCCAGGAAAAAAUGGGGGCUGCUCUGCACCUUGGUUUAGCAAGUGCUAUUCUCAAUGUAGGCGUUGUUGUAUAUACAACAUAUUUCUUAUCGUCAUGCCCACCAAAAUCUUCUGAGAAAUCAGAAGUCUUAUCUUCUGCUGCACCGUUGCUUAUUGUUCUUGGAUUCAUCUCAUUUUGCUUGUUAUCGUAUGCUCUGUGGCCUAUCUGGAAUGUUUUAACCAUCCCACUUUUGUUUACCUUAUUUAUGGCCUCCAUCGUUGUAUCACCAUAUUUGCUUAUUGGACCGUUGAGGCCUCAAACCGUUGUGGUUCGCGCUGAUUGAAAUUUUAACUGUUUUAGGAGAGAAACUAUAGAGAAGCAGUUCUGAGAAAUCACUGCAUUAAAAGAGGGAUUGUUUUAUGCCCCUAAAAAAAUAGUUGCAUAUAGAUGCCUUAUAUCGCUCAAAAACUAAACCACCAAUUGUAUAGGUUUGGUGCGUGGAUAGGACAUUAUGUAGAAUCUAUUGUAAGACAUUUCGACAAGCUUUACUUACUGCUAAAAAUUGAAACUUUUGGUUUCUGACAAGAAUCCGAGUACAUCUUCAUCAUGUUUGUUCCC